AUGGCCAACACCAACACAAAUGGAUCGAUUUCGAGAAUCACACGUGAAAUCGCCCAAGCACACGCGAGCGAGGACCUGUCAAUCGCCGUGGCCUGCCGCGACAGCGAUGUACGCUCGGUGCGUGCACUGAUUAUCGGCCCACCAGAGACGCCGUAUGAGUUUGGAUGCUUCGAAUUUGAAUUGAAAUUUCCCAAGGACUACCCGAUCAAGUCCCCCACCGUGCGCUGCGUCACCACCAACAACGGAAAGACUCGCUUCAACCCCAACAUCUACGCCGAGGGCAAGGUAUGCCUCUCCAUCUUGGGCACCUGGCGGGGCAAUCCGGGCGAGGAGUGGAGCAGUGCGCAGGGACUUGAGAGCGUCUUGCUCAGCAUCCAAAGCUUGAUGAGUCCGAACCCAUAUGAGAACGAGCCUGGCUACGAGACAGCGAAGAAGGAGGAACCCAACCCAAAAGCCUACAUCGCAAAAAUCAGGCAUGAGACGCUGCGCAUCUCCGUCAUUCAGCGUUUGGAGAGCCUACUGCAGAUUCAGCCCGACAAGGCCGAGCCAGCUUCCAAGCGGCUCAAAACCCAAGCCGUUGCUACGGUAUCAAGCGAGCAGAUGGAACCUGAACAAGAUGGCUCGUCUACGCCUGGGACGGAGGCAUCGGCACAUGAAUACGACGCAGAGGCCACGUUCAAUGCGCUAGAUCUUGCGCAGUGGGAUCCCUUUGCCGACCUGACAAAGCGGCGUUUCCUGUGGUAUUACGAUGUCUACCUUCGCACUAUAGACCAAUCCAAGGACGAGCAGCGCGAUGGAACGACCUUUGCCCGCAUGGAGUUCGAAUAUCCCCCCAACAGUAUGGAGGGCCGUUUUGGCUACAAGAGUCUGCGAAGUYGUAUGGAAGCCAUCUUCCAGAAAUUGGAAGAUGAGAAGAGCGUGUGGGAGCAGCAAGGUGCCCUCCAGGUUGAGGAUGGCACUCAACUUGCCACUCAGCUGGCGUUCCAAUUCAUUCAGCAACAACGCAACUGGAGUGAAAACCAAAGCUCCGGCUCGCGCAUCGAGCUCACCUUGCCAAACAAGAAGAAUCCAUUCGUGUGGGACAUCACCUUGUUUGGUGAGCCCAUGACCAACCUUGAUGGUGGCAUAUUCAACAUGUCCCUUCACAUUCCCCCAACUUUUCCUUCUGCUCAACCGCGUGUCACUUUCAAAUCACCAAUUCACCAUCACCGCGUUAGUAGCACAGGCACUCUCUGCUACUUUCCGCAAAAAGAGGACGAGAUCAGCUCGCAUCUCACCGCAAUUGUGGCCGCCAUCGACGACAAGGAAUCGAAAUUYGACCCUCGCGCGAUGGUCAACCCAGACAUCUUCGAGCUGUACUGGGGAGGUGACGAAAAGCGUAAAAUCUACAACCGCAAGCUGCGACGUAGUGCACAGGAAAGCAAGCUGAAGUUGGAUCCUCGGCAGGCACGCAGCCAGCACGAAUGGGUGAUGAUGACAAUCCUGUCGCGCCUGAAGCUGCUCGAUUGA